GGUCGUGGGCGUGUGGUGAUUUCUGCCUAGUAAAAAUGAAAGUCAAAGAAAUUCUGAUUUAGAAAUUUCAUUCAGUAAGUGCUUCAGGCUUAACCAGGUUACAACCAGUUAAGGAAUAAUACGCGACAGGCUCUUUGAAAUCCCGUGACGUGUUGACUCUCCGGUGAAAGUUCCUGCUAGUGGAAAAUUGUAAGUAAAACCACCGAAAAUGAAAAGUGCUCGCCGAUUUGCCAAAUGGAGGCAAAGAGUAAACUCCGCACCCCGGUGGUACCGACGCCAGCUGUAAGCCCGCCCGAGCCGGGCGUCACUCGUCCCACUGCUGGCGUCGCCGUGAAGAACAAACCCACCUCACUGAGCAAACGUCCGAAAAACGGUUCCGUACCGAGGCAUACGGUCAAGUUUAAGGAGCAAAGUGACCAGGAUAUCCUGGUCGUCACAGUCGAGCCGCCGUCCCCGACCCCACCGGCAAGCCGCAAUCCUUCGCCGGCGAACCCGAACAAUCAAUUACAGCUGCCAGUGCUCAGGGCAACCGGAAGGCCAACGGCCGGCACAGACGCGGUGGUCAACCGGAGUAGAAGUGCACGAAAGUCCUCGACCGCAGCGGUGCUGCCAGCAGCAGGACGCCUCUCCGAAGGAUGCACAACGCUUAUGUAUGCCUGUCAGCAGGGACUGACCGAGGAAACCGUUAGGGAGCUACGACAGAAGCCAGACGUUGUCCACCGGCGGGAUCGAAAUAACCGAGGGGCUCUGCAUUACGCCAGCAAUUCGAAAGACGUCGUUGCUGCAGCAAGUGUCGCAAUGGUCGCUCCGGAACUGGUAGAGUCCGCCGACGAGGACGGCUUUACACCGCUGCAUUUGGCUGUCAUACAAGGAAAUCUGCAACUCGUCAAUCUGCUGCUGGCCAACGGUGCCGAUGUUAACGCACUGGACAAUGAAGGACACUCGGUCGUGCAUUGGGCAACGGUUUGUGGUGAAGUGGAAGCCCUGCGAACGGUUCUAUCAGCUGGUGCUGAUGUCUCCACACCGGAUAUCAACGGAGGAAGUCCGCUUCACUAUGCUGCACAGAUGUGCGGUGCCAAUUAUGAGGGCAAAACCGCCCGUGCUUCCGCCAAACUGGCAUUGGAUAUUCUGAACACUUUGCUGGUCCAUCCGGAUACUUCGGUAGAAGUAGAGGACAAGGAUGGUCGGCAACCUUUACUGUGGGCUGCCUCGGCCGGUUCUGCCAAAGCUGUCCUGGCUUUAAUCAAAGCCGGUGCACAUGUUGAAAGUGCCGAUAAGGAUGGCUUAACUGCUUUACACUGUGCAGCAUCUCGGGGUCACACGGAAUGCAUCGACACUCUCAUCAAUCUCUGUGGAGCCCACACGGAUCAGAUCGACUCAAACGGAUGCACGGCCUUACAUUACGCGGUAACUCUAGGACAUGCGGAUGCAACUUCUCUUUUACUAAAACUUGAAGCGGACCCCAAUCGACAGGAUAGGAAGGGACGAACUCCGGCCCACUGUGGCUGUGCGAAAGGCCAAAUGGAAACAGUGAAAAUUUUGUACACUAAAAAAGGAAAUCUUUGGUUACGAAACGCAAAAGGUGACUUUCCGGUUCACGAUGCAGCGAGCUCAGGACGACGUCAACUAGUGCAGUGGCUACUUCAAAUGAAACCCAAACACAUUAACACACCCAGUAACGACGGAAGAACGCUUUUACAUAUCGCUGCCGGACACGACAAUGUAGACUUGUGCAAGUUACUACUAGAACUUGGGGCAGAGAUGAACAACCUGUACCGACCAAACUCGAAAAGUCCUCCUCUUACCCCUCUGGACUAUGCCCUGGCUAAGGGCUUCCGUUCGACGGCAAAGUUUCUGCAAAUGCAAGGUGGUCUUCCAGCCAAUAAAUUACGUCUCUCCGGACGCCAGCAGAAGAUUCUUCCAGACAUUGAUAAAGUGGAACCACUGAAGCUUACAGAGAAAGAAGAGCUCAUAGAUCUUAAGACGUCCAAGCGGUACAUCGUGUAUUUGAACUCGAACUCCGAGUCAGAUGGCGAAGGCGAUCGGUCUCACCGAAAGAGUCGACAUAAGCGGAAAGGGAGUCAUCGAGCUCGACGCACGAGCAGCUGCAGUGACAGUGUAUAUCUUUACAAGGAGGGAGCAACGGAUAUUAGCCGGUCUCGUAGCAAUGUGGAACUGAACCGCAGUCACCGCCAUCACCACUCCAGACACCAUCGAGUCAGCAGCUCGGGGUCUUCUUCCACCAGCGAAACGUCUUCAGAUGAGUGCUGCAAGCAUGUGAAACGUAAGCACAAAUGUUACAAGAAAUAUUCGUCCAAAUCUGCCCAUGCGAAGGAUCGAUCCCAUCGAGAGCGGGAUGCAAACGAAUUGAAGGAGUAUGAAUUUAUGUACGCGGAAAAGCGGGAAUCACGAAAACCAGGUGAACGGAGUGGCAGAAUAGUGCUAAAACAGGUACACAGUGGUUCAUCAGAAAAUGAUUCCCUGCCGGAGAAUGGUUUCGGAGGUUCCGCAAGGUCAGCGAAGAGCGGCAAAUCAUCACUGUUAAGCGUGCCGAAUGAACGAAUUGGUUUGGGUGCCUUGGAUUUUUUAGAGGAACAAUCACUGCCGAAAACUCCGCCGAAAGCGGAGUUUAAUAUUAGAAAAGAAACAGACGCUAAAUCGUCCGAACCAGCCGUUAAAAAGUCAACAAAAAAACCUAAAGCAAAUGCUAAAAAGGGGAAAGUGCAAGGUAAAGUGGCUGCAAAAAGAGUUGAAUCUCCCAGUGACGAAGAGGCAAAACAGAUGCAUCAACAGGGGAAAAAAGUUGUGACUGAAGCAGUGGUGCACUCAGCUCCGAACGUCAUGGCCAAAUCAACAGAAGACGAUGGAGCUGCCACUGAUGCUACUUACACCAUCGAGCAAAAGACCAAAUCCGACUACGAAGGAUUAAGCGAAUCAGAAACGACAGAAAAAGUGAAAGGGGUGGGAAAGUUAAAGAGCAAGGUUGAAGCGGAAACUAUAGCCGAGGUUCGAGACGAGACACUUGAGGUACUCGAGGAACCCGCAGCUUCAAAAAGUGGUCGAGCGAAAUUGAAGUCGACAAAGGAUAGCAAGUCGAGCAAGUCCAAAUCCGAUUCAUCCGAUAAGAAAGUGUCGAAAGGAAAAACAAUCGAAGAGCAAGCACCUCCGUCGCCACCACCACCACCAGAGCCAACACCGGAGCCCGUUGUGAUAGAAGUAGAGCAACAGGUUCCCCCGGAACCUACAGUCGAGGUUACGUCUCCAGUUGGAACAACGCUACUACCAGACGAGGCAAUAGUACCGCAAGAAGAACCACCCGCCCAACAACCUGAACCAGCUGCUGCAGAAGUUCCAUCUGCAGAUUUGCCCGAGCCACCAGAAAAGCUGCCCGAAGAAGACCAGCGCGCUCCAGCAACUCCGGAAGCACCGGCACAGAAAGAGAGCCAAGAUCAAGUUCUUCCCAUAGAAGUUCCUGUCGAAGAGGAAGCGAAGAAGAAAGUUAGUUUCGAUAAGGAGCGACCCAAGCUAACGAGGUCAGAAGAAUCCGUGCUUGAGCAUGUUGAGGAAGAAGAAGUUCGCACAGAAGACGAUGCCGUUGUCCCUUUAGCGGCGGCGGCAGCCAUAGAUCAGCAGAAGAUUGAAAUGACGAGAAGCUUUUUCGUCAAUUUGGAUGGUGAAGCGGCGGAAACCUCCGCCGAUGUGGACGAUAAGAAGAAGCGACCGAAACCGAAGCGAAAAGUGCGACCGAAGGAACCGGAAGAGGAAGCCCAAAGCAGUAAAGACCAGGACUCCGGGUUCGAGCCAAGUCCACAGUCGAUACGCAGCAAGCCGACGGUGUUCGAGAGGCCAACCAGUACAGCGGCGCUACCGAGGAGGCAGGCCUUCACGAUGAUCGAGGAACGGGCCGUCAGCUCCCGGCCUGACGCGAGAAAACCGGGCGACAAGAAUGCGGUUAACAUGACGACCGUUCAGCAGUCCAUACAGCGGAAUAUUCGACGAUAUUACAUGGAAAGAAAAAUAUUUCAACACCUUCUCGAGCUGAAAAGCCUUCAGAUCCGCUCGACUAAGGUAAACGAGAGUGCGCUAGUGAAGCGAGCCGUCGACGACUACCACAAGAGUACGAUCGAGCUGGGCUACGAGACGGGCUCUACAUUGAAACGCUACCCGUACUCGGAGUACUCGUUCAAGAACUUCGAGCUGUUCCUGUAUGAUACGCUCAAGAGUCUGCAGAAGCGCGAGACGUACAACUUCCAGAAUAUCUCCGAGGUAUACGACGAGGCCGAACGUCGUCUUAGUCCCGACGUCAGCCGCUACGAGCGAGCGUUAAAUUGUACCACCAAAACGCAUCGCUGUCUGCACGCAACCCACGCAUACACGGGAAUUCCUUGCGCAGCCUACAUCCCGAUGAUGAACCACCACACGAUACCGAAGUUCGGAUUUGGCCCGUACAAAUCAUCUUCCAGCGGAGUUGGCAGUUUUUUCCUGCCGAAAAUCCUCACCAACCCGACGGACCGGACCUGUCCGGCUGCAAGCGCCCUCGCCGGACCUGGUGGUGGCACUGCAACUAGCAAGGUAGCCUUAGAGUUAACCCACGGUAGCAACAAGCAAGUGAUCACACUGCCAUCCGAAAAGCUCGAUAGCAAUAAGCGAUACUAUGUAACCUUUACCCUUAAACCCCCGGGCAUCACCGAUUCACAGACCCCAGCCGCAGCGGCUGCUGUCGAUCCAACUGAUUAUUCAUUGUCAUCCACUACAGGCAAACCUGCGGAAAGUCAGCCUCGGUCAGCUGCCGACUCCGACGGCCAGCGAUGGCACAGUAGCGGCACCGGCUCCUUUAAUGAUGUCCAGCAUCCGGACCAGCCCCAGCCCCAGCCAGCAACCGGUCUCCUUCCAGCCGUUGUAGAGGAAGACUCAAACCUCGACUCCAGUUCCCAGCAGGUCCACAGCAGCGGCAAUGGCGGUGGUGGUGGCGGAUCCACCAGCGCUAGACCCGCUAUCUAGUACUGGCGGGGGCUGGCCACUUACGCCGUUGCCGCCGUUCGGACUGCCAAUGGGCGCAAGCAUACAGAUACACUGUUCGUUCACUGCCAGAAUCGUUGUUCUGAACAAUUCCUUUUUGUGGUCUUCACAUAUCUAGAAGCAAAAGCGUAGAAUGUUGUUUUUUAUCAUGCAAAUUGUUAGAUUUUCUAUGCGUAAUAGCGCAAAUUUAGCAAACAACCAGAGUGGCGGCAUAGCGCGCAACGAAUAUAUUGUGUAAAUAUGCAAAUAUACUGAUAAACAGUCACAUAGAUACGUACCAGUAAACCGAACCUUCCGGGUUCCGGGCAGCUAAUGAGUGUCUUUCAUUUACUACACCCUUCAAACUGAUUCCUACAAUUGGCGGUUACGGUAUUCCAGUAUUCAGCUGAUCGCUUUGGGAAGCUUGACCAGCUGUUUUUUUCUUUUUUUUCUAUUUGUUCGUUCUGGAGGACUUUUUUUUCGUCGCUCGUUUACCUUCGAAUUACACGAUUGAUUUCAUCGAAUUACAUCCUACUGCAAGUAAUGGCGCUUCCGACUACCGAAACGAAAACUUCCAGUUCAUGAACUCGAACUAAUUUCCUAGGAAAUGGUCUUGUGCUGUAUAGUCCGAAAAUGCCGCAUGGGAAGAAGGGACUCGAAAUGCAUCGGUGUUGGUCACGCUAGUUUAUGAAGUCUACAGUGCUGGGUGAGUGGUAAAGUCGAUCUAAUUGGUUGGUGGAGCCACUUGUUGGGAAAUUUUUCAUUGCCAUUACAGGAUGACCUCGACGAUGAGCUAAAUGAGAACCUUCGACGAUGUUUCGAUCUGCAAUAUGGUGGUCAAGUUGGGAGGGAAAAUUCUCAAAACGUUGGAUAGAUUACACAAUUUUCAGGCUGGUUAUAAUUGUAAAUUAGUAUUAGUGAAGCUAUUACGGUUUGAACAAAUUUUUGUAACCACUAAAAUACCGAAGCAAAAUCUGGCAACAACUAUAAUUUUGACCGAUAACAUUU